GGCUCUCGCUGCCGAGCCCAUUCCUCUGGGGCAGAGAGGGCUUCGCCCUCCGCAAGGAUCACGCUGGCACCUCUCAGUAGCACAAAAGCGUAUAACGGCUGUCGGAGACUGAUUGGUGAUUGGACUCCAUGAAUACACGGUUUUAGGAUUUGAACUCCCCAGUCCCCUGUCUACCAUGGACCAGGAUUAUGAGAGACGUCUCCUGCGCCAGAUCAACAUACAGAAUGAAAAUACGAUGCCUUGUGUAGCAGAGAUGAGAAGAACACUGACUCCUUCCAACUCUCCAAUGUCUUCUCCAAGUAAACAUGGAGACAGGUUUAUUCCCUCAAGAGCUGGGGCCAACUGGAGCAUUAACUUCCACAGGAUAAAUGAAAAUGAAAAGUCUCCAAGUCAGAACAGAAAAGCAAAGGAUGCUACCUCAGACAAUGGCAAAGAUGGCCUUGCAUACUCUGCCUUGCUGAAGAAUGAACUCUUGGGAGCAGGGAUUGAGAAAGUGCAGGAUCCUCAAACAGAGGACAGGAGGCUGCAACCAUCUACACCAGAGAAGAAGAGCCUCUUCACAUAUUCCCUCAGUACCAAACGCUCCAGUCCAGAUGAUGGCAAUGAGGUCUCCCCGUAUUCCCUUUCACCCGUCAGCAACAAAAGCCAGAAAUUGCUAAGGUCGCCUCGAAAGCCAACAAGAAAAAUAUCCAAGAUUCCUUUCAAAGUGCUGGAUGCUCCAGAGCUGCAAGAUGACUUCUACCUGAACCUUGUGGACUGGUCAUCUCUCAAUGUACUCAGUGUUGGCCUUGGUACCUGUGUCUAUCUGUGGAGCGCUUGCACUAGCCAAGUGACCCGGUUGUGUGAUUUAUCUGUGGAAGGUGAUUCUGUAACAUCAGUGGGCUGGUCAGAACGGGGGAACUUAGUAGCAGUUGGAACUCACAAGGGCUUUGUACAGAUCUGGGAUGCAGCUGCAGGGAAGAAAUUAUCCAUGCUUGAGGGUCACACAGCCAGAGUUGGUGCCUUGGCAUGGAAUGCAGACCAACUUUCUUCUGGGAGUCGGGAUAGAAUGAUCCUUCAGAGAGACAUCCGGACCCCACCACUACAAUCUGAGCGGCGGCUUCAGGGCCACAGGCAGGAAGUGUGUGGGCUAAAGUGGUCUACAGACCACCAACUCCUGGCAUCCGGUGGAAAUGAUAACAAGCUCCUUGUCUGGAAUCACUCCAGCCUGAGUCCCGUUCAGCAGUACACAGAACACCUAGCAGCAGUGAAAGCUAUCGCAUGGUCUCCGCAUCAGCAUGGCCUGCUGGCCUCGGGCGGCGGGACAGCAGAUCGCUGCAUACGUUUCUGGAACACUUUAACUGGGCAGCCUUUACAGUGUAUUGAUACUGGGUCACAAGUGUGCAAUCUGGCCUGGUCCAAACAUGCCAAUGAAUUAGUGAGCACUCAUGGAUACUCACAGAACCAGAUUCUCGUCUGGAAAUACCCCUCACUAACCCAAGUAGCAAAGCUAACGGGGCAUUCAUACAGAGUUUUAUACCUGGCAAUGUCUCCUGAUGGAGAAGCCAUAGUUACAGGAGCUGGAGACGAAACCCUGAGAUUCUGGAAUGUUUUCAGCAAAACCCGCUCAACAAAGGAGUCUGUGUCUGUUCUGAACCUUUUCACCAGGAUACGGUAAACCCCACCUACUGCACACCAUGAGACCACAGUAUGAUAUACCGGGAGAAAACCACUAACUUGGCGUGCAUGGAUCCCCAAUAUAUCAACCAGAAGAGGGGGAGGGAAGUGUCACUGGGAUUGAAGGAUGGACCUUCAAGAUACUUAUUAAAUACAUGAUUGUGAACCAUAUUGGACAGUAUGUGGGAUUUGGACUGGGAGGGUGAUGGAACUGCCAAAGGCUUCACUUUUCAUCAAGGGGCAUGGGUACAAGAGGGAAAACUGAAGAAAAAAAAACCUAAUCUGAUGUUGUACACUGGGCAGAACUUGUAUGAUAUGGACCAUUAACUAAGACCAGACCAAGAGCAUCCCAACUGCUGCUUUGUUACAUAUGAUGGGAGAAGAGUUUCCUUGUCUCUUUGGGGGGAAUGGUUUUAAUAUGCUGCUGUGGGUCUCUCAUUCUGCAAUUUGAUCAACAUCUUUGAAAGCAGGAGCUAGCCAGGCUUGAUCAGAUCUAAUUGGUGCAAAGCGACACACCUUUGAGCUGGGCAGUGGCCUCUCAAAUAACAAGGCACUGUUCUAGCCUUGCAUCCAUUUUCCAGGUAAAAUGGAGAAAUGCUUAUUUUUCCUCUUUAACACAGUGUUCUCCAUUCUUAAAAAGAUGCUGCAGUACUUGAUAUGUCCGUUCACUUAAAUCAGUUUAAUUUUCAGCACCUCUGAUGCCUGGCUAUAAAAAUGAAUUCUUGUCUCUCAAUUUUUAGAAAGGUUUUAAUGGCCUUCUCAUGUGUUUGAAGGGAAAGAUUACUGCACAAUCAACGUUUGUUUGUUUUUUAAAAGAAACAAUACAUGUUCAAGGCUGGUCUUUAAAUUUUUAGUUGAAUGCAUACAAACAAUGGCUUUUAUGAAGAUCCAGGAGUGUUUAUUUGGAGCUUCCUUCUGUGCCAAUUAUUGCAAACCAGUCACUGCAGAGUGUCUUUCAGAGGACAAAACCAGUUGAGAUGAGUAUGUAAAAAGACUACUGUGGAUCUGUUUUCAAGGCAAGGCGAUUGUCUUUUCCACUUAAGAAGAAGGAAACAUCAUGUCUAAAUCUCUGCACAACUUUUUUUUUUUUUUUUUAAAGAAAGGGAGAGGUUGGAUGCUUUUUCUUUCUUUUUUUUUCUUUUUAAUGAAUUAGGUCAAAGCCAGGGACCCAUUUUUAAGUUGUUAUGGGAGAGAGAUCCUGCCAGUGUGGAGCCUGUGUGAAGAAUGCAGUGGGAUGUGAUGCAAAGCACUUGAGUGUGUAUGUUGUUUUUAAUUUAAGAGAAGCUGUUAUGCUUGCAGCAGCCUGUUCCUGUCUCACUUUGUACAUGUGCCAACGCUCACCCAGCUGUGCUUCUGGCUCUUCUGCUCACCUCUUUGCCUCCUUUGUAACACAUUUGGAUGUAAGUGCUGUGUCCUGUUUUUUUUGUUUUGUUUUUUUUUGUCGUUGUUUUUCCGUGCGUGUGUAUAGACCUCGUCCUGUGUCAGUACAGUGUGUAGGCAGAUACCUUUUGUGAAAUUGGACCGCAGGGCUAGGGGAGGUGUGGAACGCAGCUGCUUCCCCCCCCCCCAAACAUCACUAACCCAUUUUUUUGGAAAGCAAAGGCAUCCAAGGUGGCGAGGCUGGCAAAAUGUAUUGGUUAAUUCAUUCCAUGUUCACAACGGCCUUGACUGAGCAUGCCAUUCAUACAGUGCCUGGAUGCUGCUCUCCUCAGUGGCUUGACACAAGCAUUGUGUGUACUGCAGAUGCUUCCAGGCUCUUGUGUGCCAGGUACAUGCCACGUUCCUUAGCAAAGUUGACAGCCUUGGGCAUCUUGAAAGCCAAAAGUGGGAUCAGAAAAUUCUUAUUUAUUCCCCUGCCCCUCUCUCCAUUCCCAGUCACAAUCUCAAACCAGCUCUGCUUUGCUGUUUUCUUGCUACGAAACUACUGGGAAUUGUAAAAAUAGUCUAAUGGCUUCCAGACUCCUUUCCUGCUGUUUUGUUACAUUCAUUAGCAUCUUUAAACAUCACAAUGCUGAAAUAUCCAUCGUAAAGCUCUGCAGAAUUGUUAUCCAAUUAGAUUAAGUUGGGCAAGCAUGUUUGAAUUGAAAACACCACCUGCGGUUCAGCAUGGUUUAUAAACACUGCCUGUUCCAUUUGUAGUUGCCACAAGAGAGUAGAGUGGACUAGGGGAAAGUACUGCAUGUGUUUAUAUGUGGGGGGGGGAGCUGCUUCUGUAGAUUAGUAUCACACCUGCAGUCUAGGCUUUGAGAACUCUCACUUAAUUUCUUAUGCCCAGUCUCUAAACAAAGGACGGGGAAUUUUGAAGCUGUCCCUGAGGUAGGUGUGUGUAACACCUGAGGGGACAAGAUGCUUUGAUUUCUAUUUGGAAAAUGCACACAUCUAUUUAAUGAGAGAGCUCUGAGGGGUUUAUAGAAAGGAAUGGCAGAAAGCCAUGCAUACCUGCAGAUACUAUUGUGGGGUGGGAAAGGUGAAACUUGGGAUGUGCAGUGUUCCUAGUCUGCCCUUUUUAGGAGCGAGUGACUGCACUGGCCUCAAGCAGGCACUAUUAACAGUUCAUCCUCACUUCUCCUUGCCUUGUGAUAGAGCAGAGCAGACUCGGAGGACAUUAGCCAAGCUUUUCCAUAUAUACACCUUAAAGCCACUUCUGCUGAGACGUUUGCCUGAAGAAGUGUUCAAGCUUUAGACGAGAAGUGCCGUGGUCUGAUGUGUCCAACUGCUAUAGGGAUGUGUGUGGGAGCUUCCUUGUUUCCUACUGCAGCUCCAGUGUAGAAUUGCAUUCCCAGAGUCCAGCAGGGAGGGGGUAUCUCCUUAGUCAUUCUCUUUUUCUCUCAAUAAUAUUCCCCUCACUUAGUCACACAGGUUUGGCAACUGCAUUGCCAUCCCUCUGUUUGCUUAGAAAGCAAAUCAAGACCUGCUCUUAGAUAGGACCAUUACUUUUUCACUUCCUUAUUUGAUCAGCUCAGCAGGGAAGGAUAGUUGCCCCCAAUCCAUAUCUGACUUAUGGUAGAGUGAAUUGGCAAUCUGGCAAGCAUUUAAAUAUAUCUGCCAAGGGAAUAAAUGGUGGGGCUGAGAGAGGAGGAGGGAAGUUAUUUUACUUCUGCUUAUAGUACCGGAACUGUAAAAUAGUGUCCCCUUUUAAAAAAAGGAUGAUGGCAAAAUGUAAAGGGAACUGUUCCAGUGACUGGCUUCUUUAUGUCCAUUCAAGUAACAACCCCUAUUCCCCUCCCUGCCCUUCCCCUACCAUAUGGUCCCACUUCACAUGCAGCUGCCAAGGAAGGUAGAUGGCUGGGUCCAUGAAAGUGCCCUCAAAAGGUAUCUCGCCAGGGUGUGCGUGUGUGUGUUUGUGGGUGUGCAAGUUUGUCUAGAUUUUUCAUGUAGGCAACUAGUGUGAAGUGACCGGCUGUCUGGCGUGUGCUGAUUAGCGUUGUAAAUUGGAAAAAAAAAAAGGCAAAAAUCUUGUAUGCUUGUAUUUUCAAUGUAUGAAGCAUAAAAGUACUGAAAUGUACAGUUCAGUUUGAACAAAGGGUUUCCCCUCAGAGUUUAUGCAGAUAAAUCUAAGAACUUGUGGCAUUGUUACAUAUAAUGCAUCCUAUGGAAAAUAUAGAGAACAUUGUAACUUUUUCAUGUAAAGCAAUGUUACUGGCAUUAAACAAGUUGUGAAUUUAA